UGCAAGUUCGCGGGAGCUUCAGUUGGUUCAGCUGACUGGCAGAGCGCACGUAGCGGAAACCCGGGCGAGACACUUUUUAUUGUUUUUCUCCACAACCGUCGUCGAGCGCUUUUUAAUAGUUUUUAUUAUCUACUAUAUCUAUACACCGCUUUUCGCCGCUCGCCUAUAUAGAAAACUUGAAAGCAGCGAACGCCACCUAGCGGCGAGCAGCCAGCAACUGUGCGUGUGUGCUUGCCUGCGUACGUGUGUGUGUGUGCGUGCGUGCGUGUGUGUGUGCGUGUUCAAUUUGUGUGUGAAAAUGCCGACGGCUUUGCAAGCGGGCAAAUCAGACUGCAGCCAGGGCUAGCGAGCUAAAUUGAUCCCCGUCCCCUUGACCCCCUCACUCUAACCACCCUACCAGCGUGCCCUAGAACAAAACUGCAUACAGUGGCUGCUGCACUUAUGUCCACGCUGGCCAGCAGUCGCCAUCCGACGCUGAAUCUGACCCUCAAGCGCAGCCUCAGCAGCAGCAGCAGCAGCAACAACAAUAACAGCAACGAACUCCAGCCGCAGUUGGAGUCGCCUGCCACAGCCACAGCGGAUGCAAUGCAUCCGGAUUGCCUGCCCCUGCCCCUGCCCCUCCCGCUGCACGGCAGCCGCAGUCCACAGCUGCGGCCGCCCGACGAUGGCGACAUGGAGGACGCCAGUUCUGCCUGCGAUGAGCAUAUGGUCAACAUCCUGGAUGAUCCGCCGGAUGAGGACGACGGCGAUGCGGAGGAGGAGCUCGAUGAUGCCGCCAGUUGUUGCAGCGAGAACAGCGUCCUGAGCGUCGGCCAGGAGCAAUCACAUGUGGCUGCCGCUCAAGCGCGACAACGGCUGCUCAUGAGUCAGCUCUAUCGACCGUCGGCAUUCAGCAGCGUGACCACGCCCCAUUCGCCCAGCGAGGCAGAGGAGGCAGCUGGUCAGAUGGCGGCUCCAGCUGCAAGUUUUCAGGAGGAAUUCCUCCGUAAAUCUCAACUCUAUGCCGAGGAGCUGAUGAAGCAGCAAAUGCAGCUGAUGGCAGCGGCUCGAGUGAAUGCUUUAACUGCUGCCGUGAUGCCAUUGGGUGGCUUAAGGGGUCCCAAGGUGUCACAGCAACUGCAGAUGGCGGCAGCAGCAGCGGCAGCGGCAGCCAUGCGACCCACAACGGGGCAGGAUGCGUUGGCGCAGCUGACGGCAACGGCGCUGGGCAUUGGAAGUGCGACGCAUCCGCAUCAGCUGUUGAUGCAGCAACAGUUGCAGCCGCUUUCGUACCAGCAGCAACAGCAGCAGCAACAACAGCAACAGUUGCAGCAACAACACUACAACAACAACAACAUACAGCAUCACAACAACAACAAUGUGCGCGAAGUCAAAUUCAGCAUCGACAACAUACUCAAAGCGGACUUUGGCUCCCGCCUGCAACAGCGUUUGGCUGCUGUUCCAGGAGCAGCUGCAGCGGCUGCAACUGUUGCAGCUGCAACGCCAGCAGCAGCCUUGAGCCUGAAGGCGCCUCGGAAGUCAGCGAAACCGCUGAAUUUGGCGCCCGUUCAGCUGCAAUCGCAGCCGAGUCUGAGCUUCUCCAGCAGCCUGGCGAACAUCUGCAGCAACAGCAACGAUUCGAAUAGCACAGCAACCAGCAGCAGCACAGCGAACAAUGCGCCAGCCAUUGAUCUGGUCAAGUCGCCCAAUGCCACAUCGCCAGCACCCGCCAAGAGUGUCGAGGAGGCAGCCACAGCUGCAGCGGGGGCAGGAGCAACAGCCGCAGGAUCAACGACAACAACGGGAAACAGUUCCACGCCCAUCGUGUGGCCAGCGUGGGUUUAUUGCACUCGCUACAGCGAUCGUCCCAGUUCAGGUAAUUGGCGUUUAUUUAUUUAUUUAUUUAAUUGUUUGCUUGCUGCCGAUGUUGAUGUCGAUGUCGAUGUUGAUGUUGUCGCUGAGCCUUCAACUUCAAUUAAUUGUACAACUUGCAGUCAGACAAUUUAUGUGCACAACAACUUCGAUACCAAUUCCAAUUCCAAUUCCUAUUCGUAAGUAUCUGUAUCUGUGUAUCUGUAUAGUGAGCUAUGUAUCUGAGCUGAGCUGAGCUGCGU